GGCGUCGGGUAAUCAUGGCUGCCGUAAGAACUCCGUUGUCGCUGUGGAGGUUCCAGUUGGGCUCUCGGCGAACACGGCGGGUCUAUACUCGGGCCGCAGUACAGCGCCACCCCGAUGCUCUGCUCGCGACUCCGCCCCAGCCCUUCGAGGUGGGGCAGCCCCGCCGCCCGCUCAGCUCUGAGGCCGAAUCUGGUAGCUCAGAAGUCAAGAAACCUACUUUUAUGGAUGAGGAGGUCCAGAGUAUCCUCACCAAGAUGACAGGCCUGGACUUGCAGAAGACUUUUAGGCCUGCUAUACAACCACUGAAGCCACCAACGUACAAGUUAAUGACCCAGGCACAGCUGGAAGAGGAACGUUUUAUUGUUGUUAGAGAACCAAGUGGCACACUACGCAAAGCUUCAUGGGAAGAACGGGACAGAGUGAUACAAAUUUAUUUCCCUAAAGAAGGUCGUAGAGUUUUGCCACCAGUAAUUUUCAAAGAUGAGAACCUUAAGACCAUGUACAGCCAAGACCGGCAUGCUGACGUCCUCAAUCUCUGUGUCGCCCAGUUUGAGCCAGAUUCCACUGAGUAUAUCAAGGUUCAUCAUCAGACCUAUGAAGAUAUAGACAGAGAUGGAAAAUAUGAGCUUUUACGUUCAACAAGACACUUUGGUGGAAUGGCUUGGUAUUUUGUAAAUAAAAAAAAGAUUGAUGGUUUGCUCAUCGAUCAGAUCCAGAGAGAUUUGGUUGAUGAUGCCACAAGCCUGGUCCAGCUGUACCACAUGCUUCAUCCAGAUGGCCAGUCAGCUCAAGAAGCCAAAGAACAGGCUGCAGUGGGAGUCAAUUUAAUUAAGGUCUUUGCAAAAACAGAAGCACAGAGAGGAGCAUACAUAGAAUUAGCACUUCAAACUUAUCAGGAAAUAGUCAUCAGCCAUUCUGCAGCAUCCUGAGAACAAUUAAAAAUGCAUUUCAUGUUAAUGCCCUUCCAUUUUGGUAAUACUGAGCUGAACAUUUAAAAAUCUCGGGAUUAAAAGGUAAUUACUGCCUUAAA